ACUUCAUUCAAACACGCGACUGAACCGCGCGAGCGAUGGCGCGUGUCUACGUUUCAGUGAUGUAGACGGGGACCUACGUUUCCGUAGCAACUGGGGCCGGUUCACCGCAGCGCCCGUUGAACUACCGGAGCUCAAGGAGCUGAGGGGGGGAUUGGUAGUCGUCGGUAACCGGACACCGUUUCUGGCUCGUGAGGCGCAGGGACACGGGGACGCCGCAGCUUCCACGCAUCGAGCCCGCAGGUCCGUGCGGAGAUGCUGAAUAUGUGGAAAGUCCGGGAGCUGGUGGACAAAGCCACUAAUGUGGUGAUGAACUACUCCGAGAUCGAGUCCAAGGUGAGAGAGGCCACUAACGAUGACCCCUGGGGACCCUCUGGACAACUAAUGGGAGAAAUAGCCAAAUCUACCUUCAUGUACGAGCAGUUCCCAGAAGUGAUGAACAUGCUGUGGACCAGGAUGCUGAAGGACAACAAGAAGAACUGGAGACGAGUCUACAAGGCUUUACUGCUGCUGGCCUAUCUGAUCAGGAAUGGCUCUGAGAGAGUCGUCACCAGUGCCAGAGAACACAUCUAUGAUCUGCGGUCUCUAGAAAACUACCACUUUAUUGAUGAGAAUGGCAAAGAUCAGGGCAUCAAUGUGCGACAGAAAGUCAAAGAGAUGGUGGAGUUCAUCCAGGAUGACGACAGGUUGAGAGAGGAGAGGAAGAAAGCCAAGAAGAACAAAGAUAAAUACAUCGGAGUAUCUUCUGACAGUAUGGGAGGAGGAGGCGGCAGCCUUAAAAACUCUAACGAGUUGGAUCGAAGUAAAUGGGAUGAGGACUGGGAUAAGAGCAGAGGGACUUUCCCUUUUAGUGAAAAGCUUGGCGAGAUCAGUGACAAGAUAGGUAGCACCAUCGACGACACACUCAACAAAUUCCGGAAGAAGGAACGAGACGACUCGCCUGACAGAAUCAGUGAUAACGAUGAAGACCGAGCAUCAAGAAAUGGCAGGCAGGAAACCCUUGAAUUCAAAGACGAGGAGGAGACCGUCACAACAAAGAGCAUCCAGAUUACACAGGCAACAGAAACCACAACCACCACCACACGAAAACGCAGUGGAGGAACGAGCAGCAAGGCUCUGGACCUUGGUGCUGCAGCCCACUACACUGGAGACAAGAGCCCAGAGGACAAGUCAUCAGCCAGACCUUCUUCCAGUAGUGCUCUAGCUGACCUGCUAGUUAUCGACCCUUCAUCCAAUCAGAGCAACACAACAGGUGGUUCUUCAGACCUCAUUGGUGGAUUUGCUGACUUCUCGUCUCCUGCAGCCUCUGCCAGUCUUCCAACCUCCACUGCUGCUACGUCAUCGAAUGGAAAUGGUGAAUUCGGAGACUGGAACGCCUUCUCAACUACUCCAACAGCAUCAUCUAGCUCCGCUUCCACCCAGCCGCUCGCUGACCUGUUUGGCAGCGUCCAGUCACAAACCGCAACCUCCUCUAAUUCAGCCCCCAUCCCACCUUCAGUUGAGCUGUUAGAUUUGAUGGGUGGAGUUAACCAUCAGUUAACUAAUCCACAUACAACUCUGAGUGCUUCUCAAAGCAUGACAUUCUCUCUGGGAGGUGUGACACCCGGUGCACCUGCUUUGCCCACCAUGCCCCUUUCUCGAUCUCAACAGAGCUUAGGAGGACAACAGCAGAAGGUCGGGGUCGGAGGUCAGGGAUCAUUAGGGUCCACGUGGUCUGAUCCCUCCGUCAACAUUAGCCUUGACUUCUUGUCAGCAGGGCUCAACCCCAGUCUGACACCACCCACACUCAACAGUAUUAUCCAGCAACAAGGAGUGCCUCCAGUCAACCUCUUGGCCCAGAACUUCGGAGGACUGAACCUCACGUCUCCUCCCCAUGUAACACCCAUCAGACCAGCAGCCAAUCCGGUGAUGACUACUUCAAUAGCAACUGGCAUGCCUCCUCCAAUGACCACAGGAACCAUGGGAAUGGGGGGAAUGCCUGUAAACCAAGGCAUGAUGGGAAUGAACAUGAGUAUGAAUAUGGGCAUGGCCGCUCCAGUGAUGAUGGGUGGAAUGGCUGGAAUGGGAGUGCCAGGAGUUGGGAUGAGUCUCACACACCCAGCUAUGGUUCCACCCAAACAAGAUGCCUUUGCUAAUUUUGGCAAUUUUGGGAAAUGAAGGCGUAUAAAUGUGUGAGUUGAGUGUGAGUGUGCAUGUCUGACAACACGAGUGUGAGGCACUGAAGGACUGCUGUACUUGAAAACAACCUUGCAUGUUUUUCUCUGUUUCUGCUGUCUUUUGGCAAAAUGGCACCAGUAAUAAUUCACCAUUCCAGUCUGUUGACAUGGUCCUGGAAGUACAGCAGAGCACGCACUGGCCCAGUCACAAACCACAACCUCACACAUCGGACCACCCAGCGGUGCUCCGAUGUGUGAAAUUAUGUCCCUCCGACACCAGACACAACAGAGGAGCAAAGAAGUUGUCACCUCACAACUUCUAGUCACUAUUUUCCUGUGUACCCUCAGCUGUCUGUUUAUACACAGUAAAACCUGCAGUACACUACCCUUUCUUUCAGAGAAUAACUGCAAAACAUUUUUUGUACCUGCACAGAGACUCAAUCAGUAGGUUUGACUCAGAUGAAAAUGGCAAAGCUGCCUUAAUUUUACAUUGUAGCCUAAAUUGUCAUUUUUUUAUUCUGUUAACCAAAUUCAAUCACGAAAUUGAAGCCAUGAUAUUCUCACCAGGAGACAAGUUUGUUACUUUCUUUCACCCCAUGCGGAAACAGAGGAACAGCCACAGUAUCUGGAGUGUGCAUGCUCUAGUCCUCCAGUAGAGGACAGUGUGGGUUUAUGAGUGUGCAAAAAUGUAAGAUUCUGAUUUUUUUCUUGAGCUUUUAAGUGGAUGAAUUGCAUAUUACUGAUUUUCUCCACACUUUAUCAGUCUUGUAGCAGUUUACAGUAGAUGGAUAAACAGUAGGGCAAUCAUAUAAGUGAAGCAUCAAUACCACUGUUGGGCUGGUAUUAUCAUUGUUAAUAUUAUUAUUAUUAUUAUUAUUAUAAUACCUAGUUUCUAAUGGAAAUGUCCUCUGUUUUCCAGUAUGCUGGAUAGAAGGGUCAGUCAGUAAUUAUUUAAACUAAUGUUUUCUCUUUGUAACCCUCUACUAUUAUUAGUGCAGACAUGCUUUGUGACCCAUUCAGAUUUAUUCUAUUCUCUGUGCACAUAGAAACCUUGUGGAUAAAGAUACAGACUAAUAUUUUCCAGUGGGUAAAAAACAAGGAAGAAUAGGUCAGUCUUUGAAAUCUAUUCUGCGGCUAAUCAAUUUUUUUAUUUAGGAUCAUUUAGGUAUUAUUGUCACCUAUUGACUCACUGUUUGUUUUUUAUUUCAUACAAAGUAAAUGAGCAGAGGGAAGUGGAUAUUUUUCAUUAGUUAAGUUUAAUAGAUGAUUUGUGUUGCUGGCUGACCAACUGAAAGGGUUAAUGUUACCGAAUAAAGUGUUUUUGAGAAAUGAAUGAAUGAGUGUGUGCAGUGUUGUGUAUGGAUAUUUUUCUCUGUUUGAUGUGCAAACACAGCUGAGCAGAGCCUCAUAUCAUUUCUUGAGGCCCUGCACUCCAAAUGACCAAAUCUUUAUUUUGUUACUCUCAAAAGGAUGACUCCAUAGUUAUUAGUUUAAUAUUUUACUUGGGAGGUUCUGUUAUGGAAGAGGUACUAAUGUUAUUUAGUUGACUGGAUCGCGUUUUUCUUUCUUUUCAGUACAGCUUGUUGCAUUUGAUUGUACUGUAUAUUUUCUGUACUUCAUUCAACAUUAAAUUAAAUUAUAACAGUUAU